UGUAGAAUCUACUCCAAUGAUCGGUAGUGAGUCAGGAGUCCCGGAGUUUAUAGAGUGUGUGAACCAUCAACAAAGUGUCUAGAAUAAGAGAGGCGCCUUCAAAAUAUUCUUCGUGCUUGCUAAGAGGGAGGAAGUGAAGGAGCAAGACAGGAUGGAGGUGGACGAGGACAUGGAGGCAUCUCUCCUCAGGCAGUUUAAUUGCAUGUUGACCACUGACAAGGAAGUUUUGGUGAAGGAAUUGCAGACUUUGGUGGGGGCAAACCUCAAUGAACACACGGCCAGGUUUUAUCUGGAAAUGACAGAUUGGAACCUCCAGGCAGCUGUUUGUGCAUAUUUUGACCUGCAGUCUUUCAACAAGCUUCCACAGAUGACCUUUGUGAAGGACAUCACCAUAGGGGAGGGAGAGAGUGUCCCUCCUUCUACCAAGUUCAUAAAAACGUGGCGUAUACAGAACACUGGGGAAGAGUGCUGGCCCAGUGGGUGUUCUCUGGUGUACACUGGUGGGGAGCAGAUGGGAGCACCACCACACGUGUCAGUAGCUCCACUUGGGGCGGGAGAAAUGGCAGAUAUUUCAGUGGAAAUGGUCUCCCCAGGCUGUACUGGCUUCUACUCCUCCAAGUGGCGGAUGACAACCGCCCAAGGGAGCUUCUAUGGAGACACCAUAUGGGUCAUCAUUCAAGUGGACUCUGGUGGCACUUUAGCCCUCAUGCAGCAGAUGGUCAAUCUCAAGGAGCUAGGAGGCUGCCCACCACCAUCCACAACAACUCACACCACCACCACCACCAACCCUUUUGCACCAAAUCAACCCCACCACCACCAUCCCAACGGAAACAUUGCCCCAUCUAUUGCUUCAUCCCCCUCAAGGAUCACUCAAGAGCCACUCCUAGGCAUGCAAGGUCCUCCUCUCUCCUCAUCCCUGCCUAAUCAAGAUGAGGAAACAGGUAUGAGUUAAUAGUGCACCAGCAGCCACUUGGUAUUAUUGCAUCAGUCCCACCCAACACACCCUUUCCCAUGCUUCUAGAAUCUAGAUGAUAGCCAAGUGACCUGACACACACGCCAACUUGUUAUUCUAUCUGGGUCAUGGCUGCCUCGGCCAUGGGUUAGUUAUAACCUGAAGCUACACUGAGACAAAGAGAGAGAGAUUGAUUGACUAGAAAUUUUUGUAGUGUUUGAUUCUUUUAUCAAUUUUGGCACAGAAAUCAAUGUCAUAUGGUUUUAAGUGAAAUGGUGUGUGAGAUGUUAUCAUUGUCUCCCUGCAUCACUUGGAAAUGCAUAAUACAUUGCAAUGUAGGGAUUGUCAACAAACAUGCACUUCAUCCUUCCUCUGUCAAUUUGUUAAGAAUACAUAUUUGAUUAUUAAGAUAAGGAUAAAAUGAUAAACUUAUUUUGUAUAAUUCUCUCUCUCUCUCUCUCUCUCUCUCUCUCUCUCUCUCUCUCUCUCUCUCUCUCUCUCUCUCUCUCUCUCUCUCUCUCUUUGUGUGUGUGUGUGUGUGUGUGUUUGAUUGAGAGUCAGUCUAUGGUGAGUAAGUGUGAGACAGCCAGCACUGACUUGUUAUAUUUUUCUUAUAAUUGAAAGAAUUAUUCUUAUCACUUCUUAUACUACUUUUGUAGAUAGGACAGGUGAGGUGACGGACAACUGUUAUUAUAUUGCUUGGAUCAGCUUUUACAUGCCCUCUUUUCCUUUUGAUGAGAUACAUAACAUCAUGUUGCAACAUUUUUUUUUUUUUUUUUUU